AAAUAAAAAUCCAACGAACCACAAUCUGUCCCCCCCCCCCUCUCUCUCUCUCUCAACAAAUUAACAUGCAAAUUACGUGUGAGUGAGUGACUAAUACAACAAUAGACAGAGAGAGAGAGCAGAUACAAAUGAACCGUUAGAAUCUGUUUUUUCCUUUCCUUUUGAUUUGAAAGAAUAAGAGAGCAGCCCCCGGGGACCAGUUUCUUCAUCUUCCUUCCAUGGCCUCCCUCUUCCUCCUCAACCCUCUGUCCCUCCGCCCCUCUAACCCUAACCCUGGUAGAUUUCGUCUUCCUCUUCCUCCCAGAACUCGAUUCCUCAAUUUCUGCUCCCAGGACCCCAAGCGCCUCACCACCGACCCACCGCCCGGGAAGAAGUCCUUGGCGGUGGCCACCGGCGAGAUUUUUCUAGGCCUCGCCUCGCGGAUUAUAAGGAGGCGAAGCGAGGACGCGAAUUCGGCGGCGGCGGCGGCGGCUGAGGCGGAGAGGGGCUUUUCGAAGUCGUAUUGGGAGGGGGGGAUUGCGUCGGUGGUGGAGGACCCGGUGGAGCCGGAGGUGGUCUGGGAGCAGAGGCUGAAGGACGUGGAGGCCGAGAGGGGCCGCCGGGCCGUCACCAGCCCGGGCUUCAGCUUCUCUGCUGCCGGCCUUCUCUUCCCUUACCAUCUUGGGGUUGCUCAGUUUCUUAUUGAGAAGGGUUACAUCAAGGACACCACACCUUUAGCUGGUUCUUCGGCUGGUGCUAUUGUUUGUGCAGUGAUUGCCUCAGGAGCCAGUAUGCAGGAAGCCUUAAGAGCUACCAAAAUAUUGGCUGAAGAUUGCAGGCUGAGAGGGACUGCGUUUCGUCUAGGGGCUGUUCUGAGGGAUGUUCUUGACAAGUUUCUGCCUGAUGAUGUACAUACUCGUUCUAAUGGGAGAGUUCGUGUUGCUGUGACACAGAUCCUUUGGAGGCCUAGAGGUUUGUUGGUCGAUCAGUUUGACUCCAAACAAGAUCUCAUAAAUGCAGUCUUUACUUCGUCCUUCAUCCCAGGAUAUCUUGCACCAAGACCAGCAACAAUGUUCCGGAAUCGACUUUGCAUUGAUGGGGGUUUGACAUUGUUUAUGCCACCCACAUCUGCUGCUCAGACGAUUCGGGUUUGUGCUUUUCCAGUCAGUCGCUUGGGACUGCAAGGGAUAGGAAUUAGUCCUGACUGCAACCCUGAAAAUAGGGCUACUCCAAGAGAGCUUUUUAAUUGGGCUCUUGAGCCAGCAGAUGAUGACAUCCUUGACAAGCUCUUUGAGCUUGGAUAUCUAGAUGCGGCUGUGUGGGGUAAAGGUAAUCCAGUUGAGGAAAUUGUUAGAGAUGAUCACCCACAAGUUGAGAAUGGUGCAAUUGUAUAACACAAAUAAGUCAUCAAUCUAUUUGGGGAUGAAGAUGGAUGGGAAGGCAGCACAAGUGCACUCUGGCCAUCUUGUGUGCUGCGACUUUGGAUGGGUGAAUGGUAGUUGGUCCACUUGAAUGCUGUUAACUUGCAGUUUGCAGAUUAGUGGCUCUCUUCUUUUUCUAUACAGUUAGAUUUUCCAUCUUUUGUAAGCUAUGAAAGGAAAGAAAGAUGUUGGGAGGGAAUACAAAAGUAGAAGGCAUCAGAACAUAGGAUUUCAACCAAUAUGGUGCUUAAAUAGCUCUUUGUACUCAGUGCACAAUGAUUUGAAUUCAACAUGCAAGACCAAUAUUUUGUGUA